ACACACACACACAUGUCAUGAUUAUUUUAUGAUUGACAGUAAUGUUUUCAUGUUAUUUUCUUUUAUGAUAAACUGAAGCAACAAAAACAACUUGCUGCAGCAUUUUGGUCCCCACAAGUAUGUGGACACUGACCACACACACACACACACACACACACACACACUGCAGCUCAGUAUGUUUCUGAUCGUCUCUCAGUCAUGUUUUCCUCGUUCGCCCACCUCCUUCGUCUCGGAGCCUCUGGUUGCCAGGGAAGCAGCCGGUCCAUAGCAACCAUUGUCUCUGGCAUCAAGACGUCCAAGUUGGUGAGGACGAGGCUGAAGGAGGAAGUGGAAACGAUGAGCAGGGAGUUCACUGGGUUCAGACCGGGUCUGACGGUUGUACAGGUGGGAAACAGAGACGACUCCAACCUGUACAUCAGCACCAAACUGCAGGCCGCCGCCCAGAUCGGAAUCGUUGCAAAACACGUGAGGCUAUCGCCGACGGCGACGCAGGACGAGGUGCUGCAGUGCGUCAUGUCCGUGAACGAUGACACGUCCGUCCACGGUCUGAUCGUCCAGCUGCCUCUGGACCACGUGACGCACAUCGACACGCAGCUCGUCACCAACGCCGUGUCGCCGCUGAAGGACGUGGACGGUCUGACUUGUAUUAAUGCAGGGAAACUGUCUCGAGGUGAUCUGAGUGACUGUUUCAUCCCCUGCACCCCCAACGGCUGCAUGGAGCUGAUCAGACAGACAGGCGUGUCUGUGGCGGGGAAACACGCGGUCGUGAUUGGUCGCAGUAAGAUCGUCGGCGCUCCGAUGCACGACCUGCUGCUGUGGAGCGACGCCACCGUGACCAGCUGUCACUCAAAGACCACUGACCUACCUGAGCAGGUGAGCAGGGCCGACAUCCUGGUGGUGGGAGCAGGUAGAGCAGAGAUGGUGAGAGGAGAGUGGCUGAAGGACGGAGCGGUGGUCAUCGACUGUGGCAUCAACUACAUACCAGAUGGGACGAAGGCGAGCGGUCAGCGUGUGGUCGGAGACGUCCACUUUGCCUCAGCCAAUCAGAGAGCAGGAUUCAUCACACCUGUUCCAGGAGGGGUGGGGCCCAUGACGGUGGCCAUGCUCAUGGAGAACACGGUGUGGAGCGCGCAGCGUUUCCUGCAACACCUGAAGUGACCUGAAGAAGAAGACCAAGAAGACGAAGAAGAAGCUCCGCCCAUUGUUUGGUCUCUGACGUAUAAAACGAUUCAAACGUUUCGCUGGAAACAACUUCAUUAAAAUCAUAAUUUGACGUGA